AGAGCCUAGAGUCACAUCUUCAACAACAGACUAUGUCAAUCAUGGCUCUGUCGGUGCAUUUUCUAUUUCUCGGCGUCAGCUCGUAGAACCAGGAAUCUACGCGUGUUUUGAUGCCUAUACCGACUCGAAUCCCGUCGCCAUUGAAGGCGACUCAGCAACUUCCCAACGAUACAAGACACGUCGCCCAAGACGGUAGUCAGCUGCAACAGGAUCGACGAAAGCCACAACUGCAGAUACCACGGCCAAGGUAUCAGACCAAAUCCAAAGAUGUGUCCAAAGAUGUGGGCAAGGGUGAUAUUGGACGACAUACAGGACACGCUCGCAGUGCGUCGACUGUCGAGGAUGAGGAGUCUCCUACCACCGCCACCCUCGAUGCCAGUAGGGCGGCCAAGCCCAAGUCAACAGUGAUACGUGGAGGUGUUAAGGCCUCCCAGGGACAGGCUAGAAUUCCUGCUCGAGAGCGGCCUAUCAACGCAUUGUCGGCAGCACAAAAGUCCUCCAGCGGCGGCUAUGAUGCCCCGAUUCUCACAGGGCGAUUCACCAAUGCAAGCUCGAAAGCCUCUAGGGGGAACCAUGCACUCGGCGCAUUGAAGCGACCCGAGUUUGAUAUUUCCAAGACGCAGUCGAGCACGGCCAAGCCCAAGACAACUACAACCUCCCUCGCCAACGUGCAUCAAGUUGCUUCUACAGAUGUUAGCGAAGUUGACGCCCAAUCGCGCAACUAUACUGCGCUAAAUGACGAGCUGUUACAACUGUCACUACUGUACGGUGAGUCGACUGCAUCUGCCGGCAGAUUCUCGCGUUCAAUCUGCGAGCAGUUGAACACAAGAUAUUCUGCCAUCGAGGCACAGGCAAGAAGGGUUGGGCUAUUGGUCCGUGAGCACAGCAGCGUGGUGAACAUGCGAGCUAUGGAUAAGCUCGCACAAGGGUCAAGCCUACAAGACGGACCGGGCCCUGCUCCGUUGUCGAUAUUGGCAGAGUGUUUGCAAGAAGUUGAUCGGCUGACUUGCGAGGAUGGCCUUCUUGAGUGUGUCAUGAGUCAAUUUCAAGCCUGGCAAGAAUUGACUUUAGCGGCUUCCAGGGAUCGAGUGGAGGCGAAGAGUGAUGAAAUGAUUCUCGUUCCUCCAUUGGAGGUGCAAUGGUGGCAUUCGUUGCAGAUCCUCGAGAGCAAGUUGAAAUUCUGCAGUGUGUCAUUGGAUGUUCUCGAUUUUCCAAAGGACAACUCGUCUGUGGCUGCAUUGAUCGAGAUGGUGACGAAGUAUGUCGAGCACAGCAUCCAGGAGAUUGACCUCUGCAAAACCGUUGCUGGUAUGUCGAUGCGAAGAGAACAGGACUGGGUUGCGACGGCGAUUGCGGAGGCGAUUGCUGAGGGGAAGGCCGAUCACAUGCAGGGGAUGACGAAUGGUGUGAGAAAGGGAGUGUGGGAAACGUUGUAAUCCAGGGUCAGCAGCAGAAGCAUGCAUGGUCAGUACUAUGGUUGGCAAGAAUUGACUGACCAGGCGGGUACACUCGGCCAAUGCACAAACAAGCCCACCACAAAAGACGGAUCCAGAUCACCUCAAGCCUCAUCUCUUUCAAGGAGGGCAUGACGAGUUGUCCAGGCUUUUCUUUAUUUCCACUCGGAAAUCAGAAAGACGGUUUGUGAGAGCAUCAAUUGAAGGCCGGACUUGAGCGUGGCCGCGUUUACACAUCAAUAAGCCGAUGGCCGAUUGGGCACGGUAUCAGAGGCAAAGGACGGCCGUUCGGGGCCGACUAUUGUCUAGAGGUGCUUUGUCAUUGGAUAUCGUCUAAUUCUGUGUGUGUGUGUGUGUAGGAAAUUUACAGUAAUCGCGACGGAGGCACCGGAUCGAGGCUGGUGACUCGACGUAUCGUCACCACAUUGGGGAAAGGCACUGCGUUCUAUCAAUGCUGCAGCCAUGUUCUAAGAACAUGCAUUAUGACGACUUGGCGCUUGGCAGAUCUUGUGGAUAGAGCAACUUCAGGCAUCCCAUUUGGUCUUUG